AUGGAUGCAUCGGGACAACACAAUAAUUCUCGCAACCGUGUAUCAAAAACUCGCCUUACCAAAGCAAGACCAAGAAAACAGAUUCGUCCACACCCGCCGCGUGAGAGCCGGCCUCGACAUCUUUACGGGAUUCCAAAGCGAGAUACAAAAUCCUCAUCAUCCGCCAAAAAUGCAACUCCGACUCUCGGCUCCGGGGCAUCGACGCCCGAAUCGGACGUUAGCAACAAACUACCAACAGUAAAAGCGCUUCUCGACAAGAUAUGGGUUCGCAACAAGAAUCAACACCGCACGCAAAUUUGGUGGAAGUCACUAGGCAUGCUGCGGAAGGCAAUCACUACACUUGUCGCCUUGAACGACGAGGAACAGCACCUUCGCCAACAAACCGGCACUGGUGCCGGAAGUACUAUGGACGCAAAGCAAGUCAGGAAGCUGUUCGAGCAAGAAUCCCAGAUCAGAAGGGACCGGGAAAUCUGGAACGAAUGGAUUCGUGAGACUCUCUUACCGCGCGCGUACCUAGGAUUUUCGGGAUUGGUAGCCGACACGCAGUUCGCGCAUCUGGGUGUGGUCCUGGUCGGUAUUCUGGCGGAUGUGAUGAGCGUGGUUGGUCCACCGACUGCACCGAAAGACGACCAGAAGAAUACUCUGCAGGCAGAAAGCAAGAGUAAACCAAUGAGCCUAAAAGCGAUCAGUCUGCGUGUCACGGGUCCACAAAGUGGCGAGAUUGUCGAGAGAAUGUACGAUAGUGAUGAUCUGGGAGAGGUGGUUGAGAGGACGGCAGAUGCCGGUGAGGGGACAGACGACGAUACAGGAGCGAUGAUUAGAAGAACAGAUACUCCCUCCCAUACCGACAGUAACACACUUGCAAGCGGGAUACAAGAACCCGCUGGACCUGUCGCGAGCCAUGAUGAUGCAGGAGAAGACUCAUCAACCUCGACAGCGAAACCGCACGCUGCGGACGCACCCCCGUCUCGAGAUACAAGCAAGAAGCCACCACCGAAACCAACAUCCUCGAAGAUCACAAAAGGCAAGAAGCAGAAAGGGAAGAAGAAUGCGAUUGACGACCUAUUCGCCGGGUUAUUAUAA